GGGACAAUGAAAAGAGACAACAUGUUUCUAGAAGUGAUUUUACUUUUGGGAGUCACUGGUCUGAGCUCCAGUGCCAUCCAGCGCCCAGACUACGACGACACCCCUCACCCCGAGUUCCUGAACCCCUCGUGGAUGUCCUACCUUCCUGAUGACCAGCCGCUGUCAGAGGUCACCAUGCCCGGUACCCACAACACCAUGGCCCUGUUCGGGGGGGUCUACGCUGAAUGCCAGACCUGGAGCCUGGCCUCUCAGCUACGGGCUGGGGUGCGCUUCCUGGAUGUCCGUGUUCGUCACGUUAAUGGCAACCUCACCCUUCAUCAUGGGGUCUCCUACCAGCGGGCGCAUUUCGGGCACGUCCUGGAGGGAGUGGUGGAAUUCCUCACUGAGUUUCCCACGGAGACAGUGCUGAUGAGGGUGAAGGAGGAGUUCAGUGAGACCAAUGACAUCUAUGGUGCAGUGGUGGACUAUAUUCACCGUUAUGCCCAUUGGGACCUGCUGUGGCACAGCCGUCUGGUGCCCACAGUGGGGGAGGUGCGGGGCAAAAUCAUUAUUAUGCAAGACUUCUCUGGUCCAGACCUGGGCAUGCGCUACUGGUCCAUGGACAUAGCGGACCGCUGGAAGGUGCCCACUCUUCUGCAUGUCAAGGAGAAAUGGCAGAGCAUCUAUGACCACCUGGAAGCUGCUCCGGGGGGAAACCUGGCCCAGAUCUUCCUCACCUACAGCAGUGGGGCGGGGUUGUUUGCCUUCCCCAGAGCUGUGGCCCAACGAGUCAACCUGCUGCUUUACGAAUAUCUCCAGUCCAAAACCGUCCAGAACCAGCGUCUGGGAAUUAUCUGCAUGGACUUCCCCGCUGCGCCCAUGAUUCAAAUGAUUAUUGAUUUUCAACUCAUAAAAGAGUUCAGCACGGUCCAUCCUGUGGCAAGUUUGAAAAAUACAACUGAAAGCAUCAGGCAUAAAAUUAACACAAAAAACAUUGCUUAAGAUGAAAAAAUAAAAAGAAGCCUACAACACUGA